AUGGCGCGUAAUAACGAUGAGAGCCAUCAACGAGUCUAUGAGAGAUCGAUUGUAGAUACUGACCUACAACAACAACAUGGAUCAUUGAAAAUUUUGAAAAAUGAAUUCGAUGAUUUGAUGCGAAAUCCUCCCGAAGGAUUUCUUGUCCAACCAGAUCAAAGUGAUUUUUUCACAUGGAAUGUUGGCAUUUUCGGAGCGCCAAACACUCUCUUUGCCGGUGGUUAUUACAAAGGUACUCUGAAAUUUCCUCUCGACUAUCCCUAUCGACCACCGAAAUUCAAAUUUCUCUCGAAUAUAUGGCAUCCGAAUGUUUAUCUCGAUGGACAAAUCUGCAUCUCGAUUCUUCACGAGCCAGGUGACGAUGAACGGAGUGGAGAAAAAGCUUGUGAACGAUGGAGUGCAGUGCAGAAUGUUCGAUCUAUCCUAUUAAGCAUUAUAUCAAUGUUGAACGAACCAAAUAUCUCGUCACCAGCCAACGUAGAUGCCAGUAUUGACUAUCGAAAGUAUCAGGAGGAUCCAACAAAUUCUUCUACGUAUAAAGACAAACUCGAUCGUUUGAUUGAAACGAGUCGUGCUAUGGCGAACGCUGAAGGAAUCGAAAUUCCUCAGACAAUAGAAGAAUAUACAAAACGAUUUAGUAGAAGAUUACCAUUAACUACAAAUGAUUGUAUAGAAGAUAAUGAUUUAAAUGAAGAUGAUGACGAACAAUCCGAAGUCUCUUCAUGUAAGUCACAGAUAAAACAGGAUAAUAACACUAAUAAUAAUAAUAUUACUGAUCGAAAGAGGAUUUUGACAUGA